AUGUCGCCACGCAACGCGAUCAACGGCACUACCACCACCGUCGUGCCGCCCUGCUCUGCCCACGCCGGCAACAUGAACAACAAGCUCUUGCCUGCCCCCGUCGGCAUCACCGCUACUACGGGACUCUCGCCUGCUGUGAUGGCUUUGAUCGCUGCCUCCUGA